AUGUUGAAUAUUCUCUUCACGAGAUGCGAAGAAGUAUACAGAGCAUGUACCCAAAUGAUCAUCACACCUCGGAUAAUCCCAUUAUUGGGUUGCGCCGUUGAGCAAAACAAGUAG